AUGAUAGGUAAUGUAUCUUAUGAGUUUGAGCUACCACAAGAGUUAGCUGCAAUUCAUUCGGUAUUUCACAUCUACAUGUUGAAGAAGUUCAUGUGCGAUCAUUCAUUUAUCAAACAAACUGAAGAUACUGGGAUCAAAGAUAGUUUAUCUUAUGAGGAGAUUUUUGUCCAGAUUCUAAAUCGCAAACCUUUCAAAUUGAGGACUAAGGAAGUAGCAUUAGUCAAAGUUCAUUGGAGAAACCAUUUUGUUGAGGAAGCCACUUUGGAAGCAGAGGAAGAUAUGAAGAAGAUAUAUCCAUAUCUCUUUGAAACAUGA